AUAGGAUUCGGGAGUUGACCGGAGUGGACUCAAUCGGCGAAGCUUUCUCAGGGACGGAGAGGAGGAGAGAAAAAGAUCGAGACAGCGAUUCAACGCGGCGGAGUGAUGGAAGAGCUUCCAAGCAUAACCGUGAGUCAGCGCGAGCAGUUUCUGGUGGAGAACGAUGUGUUCGGGCUCUACAGUUACUUUGACGCUUGCGACAUUGCUACUCAGAAAUUCCUGUUGGAGAUUGAGCGAGACAAGCAGUUGGAUUAUCUAAUGAAAGGCUUAAGACAGCUAGGACCGUCGUUUUCGUCAUUAGAUGCUAAUCGACCUUGGCUUUGCUACUGGAUUCUUCAUUCAAUUGCUUUGCUUGGGGACACUGUGGAUGAUGAAUUAGAAAACAAUACCAUCGACUUUCUUGGACGCUGCCAGGGUUCUGAUGGUGGAUACGGUGGUGGUCCUGGCCAACUUCCACAUCUUGCAACAAGUUAUGCUGCAGUGAAUACACUUGUUACUUUAGGUGGUGAAAAAGCCCUUUCUUCUAUUAAUAGAGAAAAAAUGUCUUGUUUCUUAAGACGAAUGAAGGAUACAAAUGGAGGUUUCAGGAUGCAUGAUAUGGGAGAAAUGGAUGUUCGUGCGUGCUACACUGCAAUUUCAAUUGCAAGCAUUCUAAACAUUAAGGAUGAUGAACUCACCCGAGGCCUAGGAGAUUACAUCUUGAGUUGCCAAACUUACGAAGGUGGUAUUGGAGGGGAACCUGGCUCCGAAGCUCACGGUGGGUACACCUACUGUGGGUUGGCUACCAUGAUUGUAAUCAAUGAAGUCGACCGUUUGAAUUUGGAUUCAUUAAUGAAUUGGGUUGUACAUCGACAAGGAGUAGAAAUGGGAUUUCAAGGUAGGACGAACAAAUUGGUCGAUGGUUGCUACACUUUUUGGCAGGCAGCCCCUUGUGUUCUACUACAAAGAUAUUAUCUAGCCCAUGAUCUGGUACUUCAUGGAUCAUCACAUAUAUCACAAGGGACUGAUGAAGAUCACGAGGAACAUGCUCAUGAUGAAGAUGAUCCUGAAGACAGUGAUGAUGAUGAUGACGACUCUGAUGAGGACAACGAAGAUUUUGAAGAUUCAGGACAUGGUCACCGAGUCCAUCAUACAUCCACCUACAUUAACAGGAGAGUGCAACCUAUUUUUGACAGCCUCGGCUUGCAAAGAUAUGUACUCUUGUGCUCUAAGAUGCCAGACGGUGGAUUCAGAGACAAGCCGAGGAAACCUCGUGACUUCUACCACACAUGUUACUGCCUAAGCGGUCUGUCCGUGGCUCAGCACGCUUGGUCAAAAGACGAGGACACUCCUCCUCUGGCUCGCGACAUUUUGGGAAGCUACGCGAAUCUCCUUGAACCUGUUCACCUCCUACAUAAUGUGGUCAUGGAUCAGUACAAUGAAGCUAUCGAGUUCUUCCAUAGAGCAGCGUGACCCCGUUCUCGCCACAUAUAGGAAACUUCUAAGCCGGAUGGUACGAGAGACUUUUUCGUUGUGUUGUAGCGUAACUUUUCAACCUAAAAUUGGUUUAUAAUUUAACCUCCUCAGAAAUUGAGUCAUAUGAUAUCUUUGGUGAGAUUACUGUUGAAAGACUUGCAUCCUU